AUGGAGCUCCGUGUGGGGAACAAGUACCGCCUGGGACGGAAGAUCGGGAGUGGGUCCUUUGGAGAUAUCUACCUGGGUGCAAACAUCGCCUCUGGUGAGGAAGUUGCCAUCAAGCUUGAGUGUGUGAAAACGAAGCACCCACAGCUGCACAUCGAGAGCAAGUUCUACAAGAUGAUGCAGGGGGGAGUGGGAAUCCCAUCCAUCAAGUGGUGCGGUGCCGAGGGCGACUACAAUGUUAUGGUCAUGGAGCUGCUGGGGCCCAGCCUGGAGGACCUCUUCAACUUCUGCUCCCGAAAGUUCAGCCUCAAGACGGUGCUGCUCCUGGCCGACCAGAUGAUCAGCCGCAUUGAGUACAUCCACUCCAAGAACUUCAUACACCGGGAUGUCAAGCCUGACAACUUCCUCAUGGGGCUUGGGAAGAAGGGCAACCUGGUGUACAUCAUUGACUUUGGCCUGGCCAAGAAAUACCGGGAUGCCCGCACCCACCAGCACAUCCCCUACCGGGAAAACAAGAACUUGACUGGCACUGCCCGCUAUGCCUCCAUCAACACCCACCUGGGCAUCGAGCAAAGCCGCCGAGAUGACCUGGAGAGCCUGGGCUACGUGCUUAUGUACUUCAAUCUGGGCUCCCUGCCCUGGCAGGGCCUGAAGGCAGCCACCAAGCGCCAGAAGUACGAGCGCAUCAGUGAGAAGAAGAUGUCGACGCCCAUCGAGGUCCUCUGCAAAGGCUACCCCUCUGAGUUCUCAACAUACCUCAACUUCUGCCGCUCCCUGCGGUUCGACGACAAGCCCGACUACUCCUACCUGCGCCAGCUCUUCCGCAACCUCUUCCACCGGCAAGGCUUCUCCUACGACUAUGUCUUCGACUGGAACAUGCUCAAAUUCGUAGGGGUGCCGUGGAGAGGGAGUGGCAGAGAAGCCCCUGCCUCAAGAUUCAUGAAUCAGCUGCCUGAUGAACAGAACCUGGAAGAGGGAUGCUGUUCAGUGCCCUGGAGGGCCUGGUGGGAAUGGGCGCCAGGAGCAGCCUCGGCUAGACCCCGUCGGCAGCCUCUAGUAAACCUGAGCCCAUGAAGUGCUCCCACCCGCACCGAGCUCCAUCCUGGCAUGCCUCUCCUUUCACGCCCUCGGCCUGCUCUGCCGGCUGCUCGGGAUGGGGGCCAUGUUUUCCUGGAUGCUAGAGUCGGCGCUUGGCCUUGGGCCCCUCCUCUCGUGGGUCCCAGACAGUGGCCUGGCAUUCCCUAAGAAGCAGGACAGAGGCUGGGCCGAGAACGGGGGUCCGUGGGCCAAGGGACUCAGGGGUUGGGUGGGAGAUGCCAGUGGGGCACCUUUCACCCCAGACCCUCCACCUGGGAGCAUGGCCAAGGGUCUGGGGCCAGUUCUUCUCACCACAGGGUAUUCAUUGCUCAGGGUGUCCAGGCCCCGGGCACUCGCUUACCCACGUAAAGCCUUCCUGAGUCCGCUUCUGGAGUCGACCUGGCCCUCCCUCUCACUACAGUGCCAAGAAUGGGUCUUGCAUUCCAGUAUGGCAGCCGUUCGCUCCAUGUGGCUGAUUUUUAAUUAAAGUUAAUCUAAGCUGAAAAGAAAUCCUUAGUUGCAUUCCCCACACUUCAAGUUCUCAGGAGCCACAAGUGGCUGGCUGGUGGCUAAGUAACCCACCAAAGCAGACGUGCAUGUUUCCAUCAACACGGGGAGUUCUGUGGGACAGUGCGGCUCUAGACGGCUCCCCAUAGAGCCUCUCCUGGGACCGUCCAGUCAACAAGGUCUCAUCUCAAGCCAGGCCAGGACCACCUUCCCCACCCACGGCUGGUGCUCUGACCCCUUCGUGAAGUUGCCCUUGAAGCAGGGCCUGGAGUCAGAAGCUGAGCAGAGAUGCCAGUGGCAUAUCCUACACCCUUGUCGCUGGAAUGGAUAAAUGUGUGUCUAUGAUGCCAUCACCACUGUGGUGACGUUACCUCCAGCCCUUUCUUGGCAGAAGCAUCUGCAGACACAAUGGGUACCCUCUGUACCCUUCACCUCCAGGCCAGGCCCCUCCCACACCAUCCUGCCCUGCAGGAAGCCUUCACCAGUACCUCCCAGCUGACCAGACACCGUGUUAGACACUGGGUUAUACAUUCUCUCAUGGGAAGGAUCGGACCCUUGACCGAGAGCUUCUCUUCUUGGAGUGGCCACCGCAUAUCACUCAGCAUCAGGGCCCUGGAGCCUGGGACACUGUCAGCACGCAGAGCAACUGUGUUCUGAGGGCCAAGCAGCCGGCCAGGAGGAAACCCAACACAGCCAGGGAGAGGGGCCCACACGAUGCGGGGGAAUGCUUCUGUGACUUGGAUAUUGACCUUUUGUGUUUUCUCAUGGGCAAAUAAAAGCCAAGAAACCUCCUUGGUGUGCGUUUCUUGAGGCACCACUGGUUGGACAAAAAUGGGGAGAGGAGCUUGCCUCCUCCUGCCCUGGGGCUGGCAUUGACCUGAGCCUGCUGGGAUCACAAAGGCAGGAGCUCCAGCCUUCUGCCCAGCUGCUGGCUCUAGGGGGAGUCCUUAGCUUCACUGAGCCUCCAUUCCCCCAACCCAGGAAUGAGCUUGUACCUGCUCUGCCGGGCUGAUGCAGCCUCUGCCCAUCGGCGGUUUAGUGGGUGGGCGCUGCAGCACUUAACGCUCAGGUUUUGCUGUGGUUCUGGCUGAGUUGCUCUCUGCCAGACUGUGACUCUGGGCAGGAACCCAGCAGGAGGAUUGGAGGUCAGCAGGUGAGCCUUGGUGGCUCAGGGCUGCCUGGACAGGUCUCUGGGUGGGAGGGCUAGGGAUGCACACCCCUAAAAUACUCUGCUAAGUCCUCUGGGGAUGCAGAGAGCAGAGCAGGACUGGGUGGCAGAGGCCUGGGUUCACACCCAGCUCUGCCCCGAGCUGUGUGACCCUAGGCAGGUCAAGAGGGCCUCUGGACCCUGGUUCCUCGCUACCUCAUAGAGUUGCUUGAAGACAAGGACAACCCCCACCAUUUCCCAAGGACAGCAGGGCUUUCUUGGCCAGUUCCCUGGGAGAGACGCAGGUUGCAGGAAUUCGCACCCUGUGGCCCAUGAGGCAGCCCCAACUCAGCCUGCAGCUCU